UUGGUUCUGCCCUUUAUCACGCGUGAGGUGACAGUGUUGUUGCUCUCCCAUCAGCCUCUCAACGUCUCUGUUCCAAAGUCUAGCUUCACUUUCCUAUACGCCGGGGCGCCGACCGCCCCACCCGUAUUUCUCUUCGCUUCUCAGUAUGAUCUGAUGCCCGAAGUGAUUGGCGCAGGUCUCGUGAUUGGCACCUUCCUCUUCGCACCCAUGAUGUUCCUUUUUGCUGGCAUGGCUACGCUCGUCAACGUGGAUCCCUCGUUCUACGAUACCAUGCUGGAGCGGACCGCCAUCUAUUUCUCGUGGGCUAGCAUUCUCUGUUGUACCUGGACUCUAACUAUUCUCGUGGUGAGCAAGAAAGCCCUUCGGAUGCCCUACCGUUUCCUCGUCUGUCUCAUAAUUUCAGUGCUGGUAUUCUGUCUGAGUGUCGCUCUUGGCUCAAUUUGGGUGCCGUGGUCCUGGAAUCCCGUCACCGGUGCCACCUGGGGACAGUACGUGAAGUUUUCCAUCUUCUUCGUGGCCGUGACGGGUGCUCGUAUCUGGACGGCAUUCCUCGCACUGGCGAUUUUAUUGAGGCAGGGACUUGGCCGCCAACUGUCGCUGAGACUGCAGGCAGUUUUCUACACCCUUGGUGUCGCGUAA